AUGGGUUGCACAGCAAGUACACAGAUCAGUGAGGAUGAAAAUGAUCCAUUCUUACAAAGUCAAAGAGCUAACGAUGCCAUCGAACAAUCAUUACAAAGAGAAAAACAAAAGGAUAAGAAAGAAAUCAAAUUAUUGCUAUUAGGUGCAGGUGAGUCAGGGAAAUCAACUGUCUUAAAACAAUUGAAAUUGUUACAUCAAGGUGGAUUUAAUCAUCAAGAAAGAUUACAAUAUGCUCAAGUUAUUUGGGCAGAUGCUAUUCAAUCCAUGAAAAUUUUAAUUAUUCAAGCUAGAAAACUUGGAAUACCGUUAGAUUGUGACGAUCCUACCAAGAAUCCUGAAUUGUUUGAAUUUAAAAGAUUACUUUUAAGUGCGAAGGCUUUAGAUUUCAUAAAUGCUAGUGUUGCAGGCGGUUCAGGGUUUUUAAACGAUUAUGUACUGAAAUAUUCUGAAAGGUAUGAAACAAAGAGAAGGAUUCAAAGUACAGGAGAAGCUAAAGGGUUCGAUGCUGCUUUAGGUACAAAUGACCUUGAAAUAAAUGACCAAACUGACAUAAACUCUAAUAAACCACUUUUAAAUAUGUCAAUAAACGAAAUAUCGAAAAAUUUAAAUGAUACAGGUGAUGAUCAUAUGUUUGUUGAAAAGAAAAAUACAAAAUCCGCUGAAAAGAAGAAAAUAUCAAGAGAAGAUAUUGCUAAUGCAAUUCAAGAAUUAUGGAAAAAUGAUACAGGUAUCAAACAAUGUUUCACUAGGUCAAACGAAUUUCAGUUAGAAGGUUCAGCGGCUUAUUAUUUUGAUAAUGUACAUAAAUUUGCUGAUCCAAAUUAUAUUUGUACCGAUGAAGAUAUAUUAAAGGGACGUAUAAAGACUACUGGUAUAACAGAAAAUGAAUUCAAUAUAGGUUCUUCUAAAUUUAAAGUAUUGGAUGCUGGUGGUCAAAGGUCUGAACGUAAGAAAUGGAUUCAUAGUUUCCAAGGGAUCACUGCAGUUUUAUUUGUUCUUGCAAUGAGUGAAUAUGAUCAGAUGUUAUUUGAAGAUGAAAGAGUUAAUAGAAUGAAUGAGUCAAUCAUGUUAUUUGAUGCAUUAUUAAAUUCAAAAUGGUUCCGUGAUACACCAUUUAUUUUAUUUUUGAACAAGAUGGAUUUAUUUGACGAAAAAGUGAAAAGAAUGCCAAUAAGGAAGUAUUUCCCAGAUUACCAAGGUCGUGUCGGUGACUCUGAGGCAGGUGUCAAGUAUUUUGAAAAGAUUUUUUUGAGUUUGAAUAGAUCCAAUAAACCUAUAUAUAUCAGAAGAACAUGUGCUACAGAUACUCAAUCCAUGAAGUUUGUGUUGAGUGCAGUAACUGACAUGAUCGUUCAACAAAACUUAAAGAAAAGUGGUAUAAUAUGA